ACUAGUAAAAGCAGGAGCAUUUUCCUUUGAUUCUCUUCUUCUUUCUCCUCAAUACACGCCUUUCAAUUUUCAAUCGCGAAUCUUUCACUUUCUCUCUCUUGUAUAUUUGUUAAUGGGUGAUUUCAGAUCUAGUUCAUACAGAGAUGUGGGGAUGCAGAUGGAGAGUUACUACGGCGGUAAGUCAUCGUCGUCGGCAGCUGUCGCACCCAGUAGUAUGCAAGAGCUGAGGUGUUUCAGUACCAGUUAUGCCAAUCCUGAUCAACUACCAAGCCACAUGGUUAAAGAGAUUAAGAUCAAGAAAAGCAAAAGCGUUUAUGGGUUGUCGUCUUCUUCAUUAAAAAGCUGGAGCUUCAACGACCCUGAGUUGCAGAGGAAGAAAAGAGUUGCCGGAUAUAAGGUGUACUCGGUGGAGGCCAAGAUGAAGGGGUCCUUGAGGAAGAGUUUCCGGUGGAUCAAAGACACCUGUACCCAAGUGGUCUAUGGAUGGAAGUGAUUUAAUGGGGAAUUACUUGUUGGGUUUUCCUGAGCCUUUUCUGGGUUGUGUUUGGAUGUAUUCAAUCAUCAAGGAAGAAAAUUGGAAAAGUGAAAUUUAUAUAACUAAAGACUACUCCUAUAGUUUUAUGGAUUAUUUGCGUGCUCUUUCUGGCUUCUAAUUAUGACAAAUCUAUUGAGAUCGAAGUGGUUGUUUUUAGUUCAUGUUUUGAUAUGAUAUCAAGAGCUUUGCUAAAAACGCAAUCUCGUAUCCAUCAUCAACGUUUUCUUGUCUAAUUGUAAUUGUCCAAUGACAUCCUCUAGGCCUCUACACUCUCCAUGUAAAAUACAUGGUCAAGGCUAGG